AUGCUUACCCCUGUUAUUUUUUGGGCUAAGGCUCUCAUGCAGCAUAUAUGGUCACUAGGCCUAGAUUGGGAUAAUACUCUUCCUAGUGAUAUUAUCGACAGAUGGUCAACUUUUGUCAACGAACUUCCUGAGAUUGAAAAUUUGGAGAUUGGCAGGUACAUAUCUCUGAGUGAUGCGGUUAAUAUUCAGUUGCAUGGAUUUUCAGAUGCAAGUGAACUCGGUUUUGCUGGAUGUGUUUAUCUACGAACUGAGAACCCGCAAGGCAGUAUAUAUGUCAACUUAUUAAUAGCCAAGUCACGUGUGGCACCCCUGAAACGUAUCACGAUUCCUCGCCUUGAACUGUGCGGAGCACAUAUUUUAGCCAAACUGUUACACUACUGUGUUGAUCAACUCUCAGAUCGCUACAAGAUAGAUUCUGUUACCGCUUGGAGUGACUCCACUGUGGCUCUUUCAUGGAUUCACACCCCUUCUCAUCGUUUGAAGUUAUAUGUUGCAAAUCGUGUUGCACAGAUUCAAGAAUUGACCCCUUCCUGCAUAUGGAAACACAUUUCUACUCUUGAAAACCCCGCUGAUGUUGCCUCUAGAGGAUUAACCCCAUCUCUUCUUAUUCAUAACAAGCUCUGGUGGUCUGGACCCACAUGGCUUAAGAGUUCAUCUGAUUCAUGGCCUCAACCAUCGAGUCAUCUUCCCGAAGAGGAACUCCCAGAAAUUAAAACCACAACACUAAAUCUUCUUACGAUAGCUGAAGAUCAAGAUCUGAAGUUUAUCAAUAAAUUCUCUUCAUGGACUAAACUACUUCAUGUCAUGGGCUACGUUUUACGUUUUAUUUCCUGCUUGAAAACUAAGCAAAGGAUUACUCAUUCUCUCACACUUGAAGAGUUAGAAGUAUCGAACAAACGGAUUUGUUGGCUUGUUCAAAGAGAGAGUUUCUCUGAGGAUAUUAAUUCCCUGUCAAAGAAGAAUGUGUGUUCUUCUCGCAUUCAACGCCUUUCACCGUUUAUGGAUGAUGAAGGUUUGUUAAGAGUUGGAGGACGACUGAAACAUUCUGAGUUGCCGUACAGCGCCAAGCAUCAAAUUAUCUUACCAAAGGAUCAUUUUGUUGUAAAUUUGAUAAUUGAUUAUCAUCAUCGCAUCUUUCUUCACUGUGGACCAACACAACUCCAAGCUGUUCUUCGUGAGAAAUAUUGGAUACUUUCUGCUCGUAGUAUCAUACGCUCCAGGAUUUUUAAACGCCUGAGAUGUUUCAGAAUGAAACCUAAGCCAAACACACCAUUGAUGGGAGACUUACCUUCCCCAAGAGUGGUAGCAACCCGACCUUUUAAUGUUACUGGAGUCGACUAUGCCGGACCAUUUACAGUGAAAUUGUAUGUCCUAAAAAGGCUUCAGCCUAUUAAAGUUUAUCUUUGUCUAUUUGUCUGCUUUGCAACGAAAGCCGUACACUUAGAAGUUGUGUCGGAUUUGUCCUCAAAAGCUUAUAUAGCAGCUCUUACACGUUUUAUUUCCAGACGUGGUUCAGUGAAGGAAAUUCAUAGUGAUUGUGGAACCAACUUUGUCGGAGCAGCUGCUGCACUUCACAAAUGUUUUAACAACCUCCUUUGCAAUCCAGUAACUCACCGUUUUGCUGAAGAAAACAACAUUUCUUUCAAAUUUCUGCCUCCACACGCGCCUCAUCAAGGUGGCUUGUGGGAACGAGCUGUUAGGAGUUUUAAGCAUCACCUUCAUAGAGUAAUCGGUGGCCAAAUCCUGACUUAUGAAGAAUUCAUAACUCUCGUGUCACGUGUCGAAGCAAUAUUAAAUUCAAGACCGCUUACCCCUCUCUCUGGAGAUCCGAAUGACUUAGAGUCUCUAACCCCAGGACACUUUUUAACUGGUGGACCUCUGAAAUCCAUGGUUGAACCUCAAUAUGAUGAAACUUCUUGUAACCGCUUGAGGAGAUGGCAAUUAGUUCAGGCAUUCUCUCAACACAUCUGGACUCGAUGGUCCCAAGAGUAUCUGCAUACUCUACAGCAUCACUCUAAGUGGACGAGUAAAACAGAGAACCUCAAGAUUGGUGACCUUGUUGUUAUUCAUGAGCCUAACACUCCUCCCCUACAAUGGAAACUUGCAAGAAUCACCGCAGUAUCUCCAGGAGCAGACGGAAUUGUACGAGUGGUCCAUCUACGCACCGCUACAGGGAACUUCAGUCGGCCAACCGUCAAAGUUUCCCUUCUUCCUACCAAUUAA